GACACGCAUGCGAGUUGGCGCAGAGAAAUCGUUUUCUGAGGAAGCAGCUCUGGGCCACUUCAUCUUUUGCCUGCCGCUCCAGACCUCUACUCGCGAUGGCCGUGCUCACACGCGUGUCCGCGCUGCUCGGCCCCAGCCUGGAAAAACGAGCGACGGACCACGGCGUGGCAUGCCACUUCUCCACUCUGUACAACCCGACGGUGCUGGACCGGCUGAACAUCGGGCCUGGCAAGGCCAAGACAAGCUUGAGUGUGCAAGUCACGACAGGAACGAUCACGAUCGCUGGCCAGUCGCGACCAAGCGCGCAGUACGCAGCCUGUGACGUGCAUAUACGCUUGCAUGGCAAGAAGGAGGUGUAUCUCCUGCUGGGCAAACGUGGGGCUCUAGCAGAGCCGUACACGUUUGAAAGCCGCCUGUUUGCAGUCGAGUUCUUGGGGGCUGUACACCUCGUCCAGCACAUGGAAGCAUUGAAGUCAGCGUCGCCGUUGCCGAUGGUGGUGCACGACGCCAUCCUCAAGGACCAGAUGAUGUGCACGCUUUUCUUUGCUCGCGAAAUGUGGACUUUGGCGAUGUGGAACCAGUUGUACCCUUACUCUGGGCUCGUCGACAGUCUUGCGCAAGCAGUCGAACUGCUCGAACAGCAACAACUUGAGCAGCUCUCCGAUAUUCUGCACGCCGUCUACUUUAACUUUCACGCCUUCACAGCCAUCAACAGGGUCACCGAUGCCAACCACGAAUUGUACUAUCGAGCGUCGCACAUGACACUGCUUGUAGCCAAAGUCAAGGCACUGCAACUGCACGUGGCAUUGUACAUGAACUAGAACAGAGCCGCUUCCUAAUUUAUUCUUCAACAUUUAU